ACCACAAGUCUUCAAACGAUUGAAAAAUGAAUCCAUGAAUUCAUACGAAUACAUCAUUUUGUGUGAAAUAUUUAAAGAGAUCUUAGAAUGUGUUCAGUAUUUGCAUGAAAAUAAUUUCAUUCACAGAGACCUCAAACCCGACAAUAUAUUAAUCGCCGACAAUAUACUGAACGGACGAUUCAUAAAGUUAUGUGAUUUCGGUUUAGUUACAGAACACGAUAAUAGCGUUCAUUAUAUAACUACAUAUAAACCCACCGCAGACGUGGGGACCAUUGAGUAUAUCGCACCGGAAGUAGCAUCAAGUAAAAAAUAUGAUCAUAAAUCUGAUAUAUAUAGCUUGGCCCUGGUAGUUAGCGACAUAUUCGAGAUUGAUGUGUUUAAAGAUCGGGACAGAAGACAUGUUGGACCAUAAAUGGCAUAAUAGACCGGAAUGUGCGGAAGUGUUGGCUAAAUAUAACGAGUGGUCUAUCGAUACGGAGAUUCUGUUAAAUGAUUCAGAAUUUGAUGACAUAUUGGAUAGUAUUGACAGAAUUGAGACUCAGAUUAGGGAACGGGAUGUGAGGGACUCACCUAAAAGACCUAAAACUGAAAAGACCUAA